AUGAAUGUUGUGGUGGUUCCAUUUGAAACCACUGCUCCUGUAACGGCAGCAUUAGUAGAUAUUCCUUCAGAUCCAGACUCACAGUUCGACUCUAGCAGUGACAGUGAAAGUGAUGUGUUAGCUGAAGAUAGUGAUCUGGAUUUGCGAAUGAAAACACCUGUUUUAUCUCAAAUUAUUUCGGAAAGUAAGAGUGAGGACCAUUUUGACAAUGACAGUGAUGAUAAUUUCAGCACUAAUGACGAUUUGCCACUAUCUUCCAUUGCAAAUUUUUUAUGGAGAAAAGAUGUCAGUGCAAUGAACUUUGCUGCCAAUUUUUCAGAGGAAGCUGGUGUACAAGGAAAACUUAAAAAUGACAGUGAAGUUAUGCAACCAAAAGGUGGUAAUUUCAGGCCUCUUUCUAAAGCAGAACUAAAAGUAUUUUUGGCUACAAACAUUCUAAUGGAAAUCAAGAAAACUUGUUAUUAUCGUGAUUGCUGGUCAUCCCAUAAGGAACUUCGAGAUGAAUACAUUUCCUCACUAAUGUUGGUAAAAAGGUUCAGCUGUAUUUUGACACAUAUUCACAUCAAUGACAAUGCUGUUAUGCCUUCAAGGGAGAGCAGAAAUUAUGACAAAUUAUAUAAAAUCCAUCCACUAAUCGAUCAGAUACUGAUGAACUUCAAAGAAUUCUAUGCACCUACUAAGGAGCAAGCUAUAGAUGAAUGCAUGAUAUAUACUGGAAAAAUUGAAGGCAAAGUGGAAAAGUCCUUAGGAGAGAGAAUUGUGAGAGAUAUAUGUAAAAGCUUGGAAGGAAAGGGAUACCACAUAUACUUUGAUAAUUUUUUUACCAGUGUCUCACUUUUACAGAAGCUAAAAGAUGACAGACUUUUUGCCUGUGAAACAAUUAGAUCACACAGAAAAAGACUUCCUAUGCUAAAAACAGACAGAGAGUUGCAAAGAGGAGAGUUUGACUGGUCACUUUGUUCUGAUGGCAUUGCCUGCAUCAAAUGGAAAGACAAAUGUGUAGUCAUGUUGCUGUCUACAAUUGAUUCGCCUGUAUGUGUUGAAGCAGUCAGCCAUAAAGAAAAGGGUGGAAAAAUCACAAAGGUACCUUGUCCAAAAAUAGUGAAAUCGUAUAAUGCAAAUAUGGGAUGUGUUGAUAAGGCAGAUAAGAUGAACAGUUUUUAUGCAAUAGACAGGAAAUCACAAAGUGGAGCAAGUGCUAAGGAUUUUCGAAGAUGUGUUGCCACAGGCCUGGUAGGCAGUAAUGUCUUCAAAGAUAGUCCUGGCCAUCCCAAUACGCCAUCAGAAACAUCUGCCAAAAAAUUCAAAACUCUUGUUUCCCAUGAGAAACGUAUAUCGGAAGCAAAACAUCUGCCAAAAUAUGGAACCUCAAGAAAGGAAUUGCGUUUUACUUUAUCAUCAAAAGUGAUGACAUUUAGCAGGCAGUGGCUCCAUUUGAAACCGCCCUGUAUGUGUUCAGUUUAUUUAAUUGAGAGGGUCAAAAUUGAAGUAAAAUGUGAAAAGGAUUGUCAAAUAAAGAAAACAAAUGAAAAGUUAAGUUUGGAUUUAGUUGGAUGUGGCGUUAGAGUAGAAAGGGAGUCAAAAUUUGAUCAAGUUGGUUAUCAACAUGGGGGCUGGAUCUAG